AUGACAUUCAAACUGUGCGCUGUAAGCUUGGCCUAUUUGGCUACAGUUGUAGCCUAUAAUGAAAGCUAUUCUUAUACCCAACAUGGCGAAAGUGAUCUUUUGGUGCGAAAGGCACGCUGGUUGCCCUUGAUCUAUCCCCGAUCCCAUCCUGCCAGAUUUAAAUUUAUAGCUGGUUUUGGUAUACCAGUAGAUGAUCUUGACAUUGAGUCUAUUACCACUGGUUAUGUUUUGAAGGCUCAUUAUUAUUUGCCCAACAGAGCCAAGCAAAUACGCACAAAGGAUCUCGUUGAUAUAACUGAUCGGGAAUUUAAGGAUAAUGCGACCAUAUUUCAGAAAACUAUGCAGAAAACUGAUAAGCAGCUGGGAGUUGCCACAAGGGUCCUAGAAGAGGCCACACAGGCUUGGGAUGGAUAUCGCUGGGCUAUAUAUCAGAGUUUUGAAAGCAUGGCCUUGCGUAUGCACCUAAAUGGACGCCAGUGUGUCCUGAAAAGUAUUUGCGAAAGCUCCGCAGCGCCAUUUGAUGAUCGAAACGGUCUGCUGGGAGAGCUACUACACAUACUCCUUACUCCAUCUAGUUCAAAGGAUCCUCUGUCAGAGCACACAGAUAACGAUUAUCUACAGGCUGAAAGAUUGGGUCAUGCGGGCGUCGAUUGUGAUACGGUUUAUGCGAAAUGCGCGAAAUCCCUUUUGGAGCACUUCACUGAUGUACAUCAUUUGGGUAGCGAAUUUCUAAAAAUAUUGGGUUGA